AUGGCCCCCAAGAAGCGCAAGAUGCAUGAGCAAGCAGCGACAUCCGAGCCAAAGAAGCGCGUCACACGCGCGUCAACAAGACUAAAUGCAGCGACGUCUCGAAGCCAGGGCGGCACACGUGCAGCUGCACAGACAGCUGCAACUACAUCGCGCAUCGAUGAGGUAACAAGUAAUCUUUCUGAAGAUGCGAGAUCAGAAGCAGGCGCGCAGCCACUGGAACACAGCGAUGCAACACCCCAAAAUUACACAACCGUCACCAUAACGCACGACCUCGUCAAGAAACCGAUAGAGUGCCACCAAUACACUCCCAUAUCAUCGCCAUCCACCCCAUCACCAACCCUAAUUUUCACUCAUGGCGCAGGCGGCACACUGUCAGCCGACGCAGUAGUAAACUUCUGCACCGGAUACUCCUCAUCUCUCCCCGUUCUCGCUUUCCAAGGCUCGAUGAAUCUCAAAGCGCGGACGAAAGGCUUUCACGCAUGCAUCGAUGAGCUGAACUCCAGUCAGUCGAUCGCACAAAAGGGAGCAAAAGAGGACACAGCUGGAUCGAAAACAUUGUUACUAGGCGGACGAAGCAUGGGUGCGCGCGCCGCUGUCAUCGCUGCUACCGAACAUCUAGCUGAGCUAAAUGACGAAGAAAGAGAAGGGCUGAGCAUACAGCUCAUACUCGUUUCUUACCCACUCCUCGGUCCUAAAGACGAACUCCGCGAUCAGAUUCUCCUUGACUUACCCAAGAGCGUCCGCAUACUCUUUAUUAGCGGCGACGAAGACGCUAUGUGUCCCAUCGAUACGCUGAACGAAACGAGGGAUAAGCUGACGGCGAAAUCGCAGCUCGUUGUUGUUACUGAUGCGAAUCAUGGCAUGAACGUCGUACCGGCUAGCAGGACGCAAAGAGUAGGAGAAGAGACUGGAAGAUUGGCAGCGCGAUGGGUGCAAGAAGAACCUAUGGACGAUGACACAUACAUCGAUGAGCUGGAGGGCGAAGAAGAAUGGAAAUAA